AUGUUCGUUCAUUUUCCGAGACAAUUUUGCAUAAAUGGCAGCGGUGGCCGUAGUUAUGGAUAUCAUUACUCAAAAUUCAAUUAUUUUCUUAAUGUCCUACGAUUCACUAAUAAGAUUCGCUGUAGUAGUACUAUUAGUAUUAAUGGCAAUAGUGGGACACCAACACCAUUGUUUCGUAAUAAAUGGGAGGCUGUCAUUGGAUUGGAAAUUCACGCACAAAUUAAAUCUAAAACAAAAUUAUUUUCAUCAUCAUCAACAUCGUUUAAUAAGCCCGUAAAUACUAAUGUUUCAGUGAUUGAUGCUGCUUUUCCAGGAACGAUUCCGCAAUUGAAUGCGAGGUGCGUCGAAUUAGCAAUAUUAACAUCCUUCGCUCUAUCAUGCAAUAUUCAACGUGUUUCGUCAUUCGAUCGGAAACAUUACUCGUAUCCGGAUUUACCAGCUGGAUAUCAAAUCACUCAACAUUUUGCUCCACUAGCUAUAAAUGGCAAAAUAUCUUUAUCAUCAUUGUUAGAUGGUCUGGAAUACGAUAAGGAGAUAAGAAUCAAACAGGUGCAACUCGAACAGGACACUGGAAAAAGUCUUUACGAAAUAGGACCAGAUGGAUACCCGGUGACAUUGAUUGAUUUGAAUAGAGCCGGCAUUGGUCUUAUGGAAAUAGUUACUGAGCCUGAUAUUAGGUCAUCAAAGGAGUCCGGAUUAUUGGUUCGCAAAUUGCAAAGUUUACUUCGAGCUGUUGGAUCUUCUGAUGGGAACAUGGAAGAGGGAUCAUUACGCUGUGAUGCCAACGUAUCAGUCCAUGAACCAAGCAAACCAUUUGGCACACGAUGUGAAAUAAAAAAUUUGAAUAGCGUAAAAUUCCUGAUGUCUGCGAUUGAUGCAGAAAUAGAACGUCAAGUUGAAUUAUUAGAACAAGGAAUACCAAUCAUGCAAGAAACGCGUAAAUUUGAUGUACCCGGGAAUAAAACACUUCGAUUACGUGCUAAGGAAUCUUUAAUGGACUAUCGAUAUAUGCCAGAAGCUGAUUUACCAGAAUUGAUAUUAUCCGAGGAAUAUUUGUCGCGUAUCUAUCAAUCAUUACCAGAGUUACCAGACUCCACAAAGUUUCGGCUAACGCGACAAUAUGGUAUUUCAGCGUUUGAUGCUGGUGUUGUGUUAGGUGAAGAGGGAGGUGUUGAAUAUUUUGAGAAGAUAACAAAUAAUCGUAAUCCGAAACUUGUCGUCAAUUGGAUAACCCAUGAACUAUUCGGGCAAUUGAAAACUCGUAAUGUCAAAUUCAUCGACAACCCAGUGACAGUCGAACAACUUGGAUCUUUGGUCGAUAGUGUCAAUCAAAAUAUAAUAUCAGGCACAACAGGAAAACAGGUUCUGGCAUUUAUGAUUGAUGGCGACACUCGUCUUGCGAACGCAAUUAUUCAAGAAAAAGGAUUACAACAAAUAAACGACAGCGUGGAACUUGAAAAAAUCUGUAAAAGAAUUAUGGCAAAAUAUCCAGAUGAUAUUCAACGAAUCAAAAAAGGUCAACUCAAAGUAUUUAAAUGGUUUGUUGGUCAAAUUAUGCGCGAAACAAAGGGACAAGCGAAUCCACAAUUGGUUAAUGAGACGAAAACUGAUCAAAACCUCUGCGGUAUAGCACAUUUAUUAUUUGGCUUUGCACGUUGGCAAUUGAUCAUGUCAGCGCUUGCUUAA